CCGGGCCUCCGGCGGGGUCGGGCCUGCGGCGCGGGCAUCCGGACGCCGAGGGGGCCGGGCGCUGGCCUGCGGUCUCGGCCAAGGGGGCCUUGCGUGGGGGGCUUGAGAGCGCCCCGCGGGAGGCCGACCCCCGUCCCCCCGGGUGCUUGGGCUCCGCGGGCCGCACUUUGAAUCCAACCCCAGCUGGAAAGUCACCAGCGCGGCGCCGAACGAAGGGGGCAUCCCGAGGAGACGGAGCCGACAGAGGUGUGGAGCGUUGGGCGCCGGCCUCCCUCGCCCAACGGCGCCUGUGGCGCCUGAGCCUUUGUCGUCCGAAAUAGUUUGUCCUUAAUCGUUUCCGGUUUUGCUCCCUCAGGAAUUAGCAUCCCAAGUCCCCACCAGGCAAGGUGACAGAGGCUGUGAAGGUGGCCAUCGACCUUGGGUACCGUCACAUUGACUGUGCCCACGUAUACCAGAAUGAGAACGAGGUGGGGUUGGCCAUCCAGGAAAAGCUCCGGGAGCAGGUGGUGAAGCGCGAGGACCUCUUCAUUGUCAGCAAGGGUAAGACGUGUUCUCUCGCUGGCUUCAGCUGUGGUGCACGUUCCACGAGAAGGACCUGGUGAAAGGCGCCUGCCAGAAGACACUCAGUGACCUGAAGCUGGACUACCUGGACCUCUACCUUAUUCACUGGCCUAUGGGCUUCAAGUCUGGGAAGGACACUUUCCCGUUGGAUGCGGACGGCAAAGUAGUUCCCAGUGACAGCGAUCUUGUGGACACCUGGAUGGCCAUGGAAGAGCUGGUGGACGAAGGGCUGGUGAAAGCUAUUGGAGUCUCCAACUUCAACCAUCUCCAGGUGGAGAAGAUCUUAAACAAACCUGGCUUAAAAUACAAGCCGGCAGUUAACCAGAUCGAGUGUCACCCGUACCUCACUCAGGAGAAGUUAAUCCAGUACUGCCAGUCCAAAGGCAUUGUAGUGACUGCCUACAGUCCCCUUGGCUCUCCCGACAGGCCCUGGGCCAAGCCCGAGGACCCUUCCCUACUGGAGGACCCCAGGAUCAAAGCGAUUGCAGACAAGUACAAUAAAACCACAGCCCAGGUUCUGCUCCGGUUCCCCAUGCAGAGGAACUUGAUCGUGAUCCCCAAGUCCGUGACUCCUGAACGCAUUGCUGAGAACUUCCAGGUCUUUGACUUUGAACUGAGCAGUGCAGAUAUGACCACCUUACUCAGCUACAACAGGAACUGGCGGGUCUGUGCCUUGGAGAGCUGUGCUGCCCACAAGGAUUAUCCCUUUCACGAGGAGUUUUGAAGCUGUGAGCAUCUGCCCUUACCCAGGGGACCCGCUGUUUCCCACCUCCCUUUUCUCGUGUGUAGCCUGGUUGGGCCUGUGUCCCUCAGCGGUGGGUCAGCGACUUACAGAUGAACCAGCGAGGGCUUGGCCAGCUUGGUGUUGGCAGAAUCAGUAGAUUAGACGUCUCUUCAGUUGUUUUUGUUUUUGUUUUUUUCCAGCCUUAUGCUGCUGGGGAAAGUGUAACCACCACUCACCCUUUUCUAAGUUGAAUUUACAAAAUCAAAAUAGUGCCUCUAACAGUUGGAUUUUGAUUGCUUAGAACUGUAAUCCUUACAGCUAGACUUUUCUUUGCCUCAAAUAAAAAGUGCUCUUAUGCAUUUGA